AUGCGUCAAAGGCCAGAAUCUCAGCCUAAUAAGCAGCAGUUGUCCAAUGCUGCGAAGGUAGAAAGAGCGAAGCAAUACCUUACCGGCGUUGGCAUUACGAGAGAGGACUCCGACGACGAGCUGGGGCUGGACGACUACCCCUGGGAAUGGGUAUACGACAAUGCGGGAAAGGCAGAUGAAGACAAUGAUGGGACCGAUAACGAAGACAACAUUGUGGAUCUUCUCAAUGCAGAGGCCACAACAUCACCAGCUUAUGCUGGGCGCAAGAGGAAGGUGGCCAGGAAGGCAGAACAAGAUGCGCAACGAAAGAUAAUUGGUGCAAGAAUGGGGGAUUUCGAGUGCAAAGUUGGAGACUGUGUGCUUCUUAAAGCCGAAGGAACCAAUGAAGCAUGGGUGGGCGUGAUCUGCGAGUUUAUUGAGGAGGAUGACGGCGAGAUGGCGGCAAAUUUCAUGUGGUUCGCAACAGAGAAGGAAAUCCGAAAUAAGGAAAAGAAACGGACGGAUUUUAUGCAGAAUGAACUGUAUAUAUCCCCCUCAUGGGAUGUUAAUCCUAUAGCUUCCAUCAACGGCAAGGCCACAGUUUCAUCAGCCAGGACAUUUUUGGCAAAGUAUCCCAGUGGCCGAAUACCUAGGAACUCUAAAGAGCACGGCAAAAGCUUUAUCUGUCGACGCGGCUGCAAUACCAGAACUGCAACUUAUACAGAGGAGUUUAUCUGGGAAGAUAUCUUCCAUGGGACCGAUGAAGAUAUUUUUAAUCUUAUUGAGAGAGUCAAGAACGAAACAAAGGCCACAAGAAAACGGCGUGGGGGACUACAGGCAGAAAAGCGCAAACAAGAGCAAGAGUUCUUGACGGUGGAUGAUGGGGAUGACGAUGGGGAUGACUUCGGGACCCCGAAGAAGAGGCGGAAGACCUCUGUAGCCUUAACUCCAAAGAAACCUCGGACACCUAGCAAGCUACUACUCACACCGAGUCAUAAGAGGAUCAUUGUGAAGAAACCCCUUGAAUUUACACCCUUGGGAACUCGAGUUAUCUCGCCAGGUCAGAUCUACGCUUCGCCUUUUCAAUUGGCGCGAUCCAAACUUCAUGUUGCGGCUGUUCCCACCACUCUUCCUUGCAGAGAGAAUGAGUUCGCUGAAGUUUAUUCACACCUUGAGUCGGCGAUUACAGAUGGCUCAGGGGCUUGUAUUUAUAUCUCGGGCACGCCUGGAACAGGGAAAACAGCAACAGUCCGCGAGGUUGUUUCCCAGUUAAACGCCUCGGUUGCAGCCGAAGAACUGGAUGAUUUCAUUUUUGUUGAAAUCAACGGCAUGAAAGUGACUGACCCCCACCAAUCUUAUUCUCUCCUAUGGGAAGCAUUGAAGGGAGAUAGAGUCAGCCCAUCACAGGCUCUAGACCUCCUGGAGAGAGAGUUCAACCAUCCAAGUCCGCGACGAAUUCCAUGUGUGGUAUUGAUGGACGAGCUCGAUCAGCUCGUCACCAAAAACCAGAGCGUGAUGUACAAUUUUUUCAACUGGCCGGGGUUGAGACACAGCAGGCUUAUCGUCCUUGCGGUGGCUAAUACAAUGGACUUACCUGAGAGAACGCUGAGUAACAAAAUCAGCAGUAGACUUGGUCUGACUAGAAUCACUUUCCCGGGAUAUAAUCACGAGCAAUUGAUGAAGAUUAUCGAGUCGAGGUUAGAGGGUGUACCAGGUGGCAUCGUGGAGUCAGAUGCCGUUCAAUUUGCCAGCAGAAAAGUGGCUGCUGUGAGCGGUGAUGCACGCCGUGCGUUGGAUAUAUGCAGACGAGCCGUGGAGCUUGCUGAAACGGAAGCCGGCGAAAACGUGCCAGCGACACCCAGCAGGAAGGCCGCUGGUCCCAAUGGGGUGGCUAAGAAAUCCUCCCUGGGUCAGGUCACAAUAGCUACGAUAAAACGGGCCAUCAACGAAGCGACUACAAGCCCCUUGCAACAGCAUCUACGGGGUCUUCCGUUGGCAUCUAAACUUCUUCUUGCUUCCCUACUAGCAAGGAUUCGACGGACGGGCAUAGGAGAGAGCUUUAUUGGUGAAGUGAUCGAGGAGGCAAAAAGGAUCUCGAAAAUGGUUGUAGACAUCGAAACGCUUGGGUUUCUGUUGACGGAAAUUUCACCAACUGCAGGUGGUGGAAAGGCACACUUGGACCGUAAGAAUCAACGCGAUGCUCCGCGUGUCCAUGCUAUGGGCACAGCCGCGAUAGAACUUAUGGAGGCUGGCAUCAUAGGAUUCGAGGCUCGAAAGGGAGACCGGGUGGCCAAAGUACGUCUCUGUAUCGGCGAGGGAGAUGUCAAGCUCGCAUUGAAAGAUGAUCCCGAGUCUCGAGGGCUCGGGUUUUGA